CAGGGCGGUGUCAGCCUGACAUAUAAAAGGGUGGCUCGUCCCGGUCCUCGACACAGCCUCUGAACAUCGAACACCACCGUUACUAAGAUGGCCGUUGCUCUUCGCGUGUUCUUCCUCCUUUGCGGUCUUAUGACCGGUGGCUUGUGUGCCGCACCUGCAAUCUCAGCUCCAGCGUGUCCUGCAGGCUGGACUCGGCUCGACUGUCGCUGCUUCAUCUACCAAGCAACUGAAGUGUCAUUCGCAGCUGCCGAGGAAGAGUGUCAAAACAUUGGCGGCAAUUUGGCUUCCAUCAGAAAUAGUCUGGAAAAUGCUUUGGCUUAUCAGCUGGUGAGGGAUGCAAACGCAGGUUCCAUCCCUGACACCUGGAUCGGACUCUUUGAUUCUGUUGAAGAAGAAAACUUCCUUUGGGUCGAUGGCUCCAAGUCUAGCUUCAGGUUCUUCAGAAGCGAUCAGCCAGACGACUUCCAAGGUGGAGAAGACUGCGUAGAGAUUCACCGUGUCGAGGAAAGAUGGAACGACGACGGAUGCACAGAUCUCAACCCUUUUGUUUGCUCCAUGGAUCUUAUUUAGUAGAAGAAUCCGCCACCGAUGCAUGUUCUGGAAACCUUUCUACAGACUGGAUGACUCUCAGCUCUCUGUCAAGAUCGCUUCUCUGCGUUUACUCUAAAGUCUUCUUCUUCACAACGGUUUGGUUUUAACUGAUGUGCGGCCUUAAAGGGGUAUCAUUCUAAAUAAAGACAUCUACCUAUGCA